AUGCUUAUUUUGGUUGCCGACCCGACCACUUUGACCAACUUUAGAUCUUUUUCUCCACUUUUCUUCAUGCCUACGCCAAUCAGACCUGGUGAGACUGGCCUUCUGUUACUCAGACAAGGAUCUAUCGGCCUCCAUUCGUUGUUGAGCCCUGCAAUAACUGCCCUUCUCCCCCACCUUCGCCCCACUCCCAGUCCCAAUGAAGCACCAGACCGGGUAGCCGAGUGUCCGGUCAAUAUUGCAAAAGCUGUAUUGCGACUGGCUGAAUGGGCGGUUGAGUGGUGA